CACAGCCGGCCCCGGAGGCGCGCGCCGUUUCACGGGGAGCUGGCGUGAGCCCUCCCGUGGCGGCCUUGGCGGGGCGCUCGGUUAAUGCCGUUCACAGGCUGCCGCGGGGAGCCCGGCCGCGGGCUGUGGCGCCGGGGGCGGGGGGCGGGGCCGGCCGGCCGAAGUCGCCAUGGCAGCGCUCUGUGGGCGCGUGACGCGCGUGUCGCGGCCAAUCGGCGGCGGAGCGGCUGAGUGACAGCCGGCGGCGCCAGUCGCGGGCAGCGCCUCGGCGGGGCAGCCGGAGCUGCCGGAGCGCGGAGCGGCCGCGGCGCGGCUGGGUGUGGGAGUGCGCUGUUGUAAAGGCACCUGGAGGAGUCUGGAGCAAUGCCACCACCUUCGGACAUUGUGAAAGUAGCUGUUGAGUGGCCAGGUGCCAAUGCCCAGCUGCUGGAAAUAGAUCAGAAAAGGCCUCUUGCAUCCAUCAUCAAGGAGGUCUGUGAUGGGUGGUCAUUGCCAAACCCUGAAUACUACACCUUGCGGUAUGCUGAUGGUCCUCAGCUGUACAUCACAGAGCAGACUCGCUGUGACAUCAAGAAUGGAACUAUCCUACAGCUGGCAGUCUCCCCGUCUAGGGCAGCUCGCCAGCUGAUGGAGAGGAUCCAGUUGCACAGUAUGGAAGCCCGACUGGAUGCCAUGAAGGAACUGGCUAAACUUUCUGCAGAUGUCACCUUUGCCACAGAGUUCAUCAACAUGGAAGGGAUUACAGUGCUGACACGGCUUGUAGAGAGUGGGACCAAGCUUCUGUCCCAUUACAGUGAGAUGUUGGCUUUCACCCUGACUGCCUUCUUGGAGCUCAUGGACCAUGGUAUUGUCUCUUGGGACAUGGUCUCGAUAACCUUCAUCAAACAGAUUGCAGGGUAUGUGAGUCAGCCUAUGGUAGAUGUCUCCAUCCUUCAACGAUCCCUAGCCAUUCUAGAAAGCAUGGUGCUAAACAGUCAGACUCUGUAUCAGAAGAUAGCGGAAGAGAUCACCGUGGGGCAGCUCAUUUCUCAUCUGCAAGUCUCUAACCAAGAGAUUCAGACAUAUGCCAUUGCCCUGAUCAAUGCCCUCUUCCUGAAGGCACCUGAGGACAAGAGACAGGACAAGCUGCUUAACCCCCUAGACCUGCCCAUCACUGAAAUGGCUAAUGCAUUUGCCCAGAAGCACCUGAGGUCUAUAAUCCUGAAUCAUGUGAUCAGAGGAAACCGCCCAAUUAAAACAGAAAUGGCACAUCAGCUGUACGUGCUGCAGGUCCUGACCUUUAAUCUCCUGGAAGAGAGAAUGAUGACCAAGAUGGAUCCCAAUGAUCAGGCACAGAGGGACAUCAUAUUUGAGUUGAGAAGAAUUGCAUUUGAUGCAGAGUCUGACAGCAACACCAUCCCUGGCAGUGGAACAGAAAAACGCAAAGCCAUGUACACCAAGGACUACAAGAUGCUGGGAUUCACUAACCACAUCAAUCCAGCCAUGGAUUUUACUCAGACUCCUCCAGGGAUGCUGGCAUUGGACAAUAUGCUCUAUUUGGCCAAAUUUCAUCAGGACACCUAUAUCAGGAUUGUUCUGGAGAACAGCAGUCGAGAAGAUAAGCAUGAGUGCCCCUUUGGGCGCAGUGCCAUUGAGCUUACCAGGAUGCUUUGUGAGAUCUUGCAAGUUGGGGAACUCCCCAAUGAAGGCCGGAAUGACUAUCACCCCAUGUUUUUCACCCAUGACCGUGCAUUUGAGGAGCUAUUUGCCAUCUGCAUCCAGCUGUUGAACAAGACUUGGAAAGAAAUGAGGGCAACAGCAGAGGAUUUUAAUAAGGUUAUGCAGGUUGUGAGGGAACAGAUCACACGGGCUCUCCCCUCUAAGCCAAACUCCUUGGACCAGUUCAAGAGCAAACUGCGCAGCCUGAGCUAUUCUGAGAUUCUACGACUACGCCAGUCUGAGAGAAUGAGCCAAGAUGACUUCCAGUCACCACCUAUUGUGGAGCUGAGAGAGAAAAUCCAACCCGAGAUCUUGGAGCUGAUAAAGCAACAGCGCCUGAACAGGCUUUGUGAGGGAAGUAGCUUUCGAAAAAUUGGAAAUCGCAGAAGACAAGAAAGAUUUUGGUAUUGUCGCCUGGCUCUGAAUCACAAGGUGCUGCACUAUGGAGAUCUGGAAGAUAAUGCGCAGGGGGAAGUGACCUUUGAAUCUCUACAGGAAAAAAUUCCAGUUGCAGACAUCAAAGCCAUUGUCACAGGGAAGGAUUGUCCACACAUGAAGGAGAAAAGUGCACUGAAACAGAACAAGGAAGUGUUAGAAUUGGCCUUCUCCAUUUUAUAUGAUCCCGAUGAAACCUUGAACUUCAUUGCACCUAAUAAAUAUGAGUACUGUAUUUGGAUUGAUGGGCUCAACGCUCUCUUGGGGAAGGACAUGUCCAGCGAGCUGACUAAAAGCGACCUGGACACGUUGCUGAGCAUGGAAAUGAAGCUGAGGCUCCUGGACUUGGAGAACAUCCAGAUCCCGGAGGCGCCGCCGCCCAUCCCCAAGGAACCAAGCAGCUACGACUUCGUGUACCAUUACGGCUGACGGGGCGGGGCGGGGCCGGGCUGGGCCAGGCAGCCCCGGGGCGCACCGCGGGAGCCGCCGCUCUGCUGCCCGCGCCGGCCCCGCUGCCGCCCGUUCGCGGCCGGACCGCCGGCUUGCGGGGGGCGGGGCCGGCCCUCCCGGCGCCGCACGACUUUUGUACGCGCCACAAUAAUAACCAGUAGCGCUCCUGGCUGCGCUUCUCCGCCUCUUCCGCCCGGGCCCGCCCCGCCCUGCGCGGCGCGUCACCGCGCUCGGCCCCGCCCACUCGGGCAGCUGCCCCCGGCGCGGCGCGGCCCCCCGAGCACCCACGUUCCCCGGCGCGGCGGCGGGCGGGGCGUAUGGCGGCGGGGGCGGGUGGCGCGGCCCUGGGGCGGGCGACGCUUGUGCUGCCGUACUACGGCUUCUCCAUCGGCAUCACCUUCUACAAGUGGCUAAUGAAGGUGCGGGGCGGCGGCGCAGGGCGGGCGGCGGUGGUGACGGCGGCCGUCGGUCCCGCAGAGCUUCCCCUUCCCGCUGCUAGUCACCCUGCCGCACCUCCUCCUCACCUUCGGUCUCUCGGCGUACGCCCGCGCCCUGGCGCGCUGCCGCUCCGGGCGGCCGCGGGGCGCGCUCUCCUGGGCCGACUGCCUCCGCCGGGCGGCCCCCCGCAACUCUGUCAACUUCCUUGGAUAUUGCGCUGAGUAACUGGAGCUUCGUAUGCAUCACUGUCUCCCUCUACACGAUGACCAAACCCUCUGCCAUUCUCUUCAUCCUGCUUUUUUUCACUGCUCUUCAAGCUGGAGGAAGUGGUCCACACAGUUUAACGCACAGGGGUUCGUGCUGGUGCUAUGUGCCUCUUCCCUUGGGCGUAUUCGCUGGACUCUCACGCAGAUACUUAUGUAGGAGGCUGAACUACGUAUGUAGGGUGUUAGGAAGUGUGUGGGGGGGUGCUGGUAAUGGGGAGGGGAGUAAGGAGGUGGUAGCCCUUGCUGCAGAAACAAAACAUUGUGUAAGGGACAGUGUUUGAAACUUGGGGCGGGGGUUAUGUGUUGAUGGGUAAUGAAGGCAGUUUGGCGUUUGCAGCAGCACAGGUGUGGGCAUUACAAAUAAGGUGUAUGUCUAGGAAUGGUACUAACAAAGGCUGUAGGACCUAUGUGUAUUCCAUGGCUUGUUGCUACCUGGUCUCUUACUGAUUCUCCUCUUUUGAGGCUCCAGAACCCCACUGAUAUCAUGUUUCACCUGGAGCCGCUCAUGUUCCUAGGGCUUUUCCCACUCUUCGCAGUGUUUGAGGGUGCAUGAGUUUAUUAAAGCAGGGAUAGCUUUAUAGAGCGGUUGGGGAGAUUGCUUAGCAGUUUGUUGUUGGAGAUGAUCAAUUUAGAUAAGUGAACAGCUAUGAACUUUACAAAGUAGUUAGAGACCUGGAAUCAUAAGGACUCGGAUAUUCUUUAUGCUGGCAGAACGUUAAAGAAUGCGUAGGAAUAGUAGCCUGCCACACUUGUGGAAGUAAGGGCUAUGAAGAACUGGCUCCAUAUCCUGCUAUUUUGGAAUGUGAGCAGCCCAUGCCCACCUUGUUGUGAAGAGUCCUGGGAGUUGGGAAAGAUACUCUGCUACUCACUGUCUUGUUCCUAGGCCUGCCUUUGUCCAUAUCAGAGAAGCUCUUCCAUUUCCAUGAAGAAGGACUGCCCUUCUCUCUGGUAGGGAAGCUGUUCUUGGGUGGAAUUCUUGCCUUUGGUCUAGGCUUUUCUGAAUUCCUCUUUGUUUCCAGAACAUCUAGCCUCAUCCUUUCCAUUGCUGGCAUUUUUAAGGAAAUCUGCAUUUUAUUCCUCGCCACAAGUUUGCUGGGAGACCGCCUCAGUCUCUUGAACUGGCUGGGCUUGCUGUCUGCCUUUCAGGAAUCUCCCUUCAUGUCAUUCUCAAAGCCAUGAAUUCCAAAGGUGAAAAAGCACUGGAGCUGCACAAAGAGGCCAGUUCUGAGCCUGACCUGGAGCUACUGCUGCACCACACUGAACAUGUGGAGGAGGGGGAAGAGGAUGCUGAAAUCCCACAACACUGAACAUGAAGCACAAAGCCCCCUGCUCUGUUCUUACCAAACCUGCCUGACAGCUGUCUAGGAGGAAGGUCCAAGAGUGUCUCUGUCUGUGACCACCGAAAGGAGAGCCAGGGCUCGGUGAGAGAGUCCUGCUGUUCUGCUGCAGUGUGGAUCUGGAGGUGCUGCACAAGAAACAGGUGCUAUCCCUUUCAUACAGAGCAAACCUGGAAGACAAGCCCUCGUUCAGUGGAAGUAGAACACCAUGGUGAGACUGCUAUAGAAAGCUUGUAAAGGAAUCCUGACGGCUACAUGUUGAGACUGUAGACCAUGAGGUGCAGAAUGAGCGUGGAUAUGUCUGGAGUGCAGGCUGAGCGGUUCAGGGAUGUUUUUAGUGUUGUUUAGGCUUUAUCUUCAAAAGAGAAGGUAGAUAAUACCUUCCCAGCCUUUCUUUAUGGUUCUGCUAAGUAGGCACUCCCAUCUUGGGAGCAGAUGGCUAUAUAUAAAUCUGUAGACUCAUUCCAGUGAGAAGGAGCAUUUGUGCCUGGUGACCUAUGUGUUCUCUGUGUGUAGUAAGAACAGAAUUAAGUGCUGGUAUUUGGGACCAAUUGAACAUAGCCAAAUUAUGUUGGCAGGAAGAAGGACAGGGAUGCAUGAGCACUUCUGGUCCUGCAGGCAGAGGGGAGAGAGAGCAUAUCGCAGGAGAUCGAACUUGAGCAAUAAGCUUAUCAGAAAGUAUGUGGGUAUUUGAUGGGGGAUUUUUUGUUUUUUAAAUAAACCUUUUCUGAUUCCCUUUUGUCUGCA